ACGUCGACCGGAAGCGUUUGAAGAAGUUCUUCUCCAGCGAAGUUCGGAACCAUGUUUAGUGUUUAAAUUGUUUUCAAAUUCGCGUGACAAUGCCCGUGCGAAGCGCGCCGCUCCGGGACGUGUCGAUUCACUAUCGUUUACUUCAUCGGUAUCUUUUUCUCCUGAAGAAAUAUCCAAUCGUGACGAAAUCCGUCACAAGCGGCAUCCUGUCGGCCUUGGGAAAUUUUCUUUCUCAGAUUUUGGAGGCAAGAAAGAAAUCCCAAAGUGAUGCUUGCGGCCAAGGGAUUGACACAGCUGGAGCUGCACGCUUCGCCAUUUUUGGGUUGUUGGUGACUGGACCGCUCAGCCAUUACUUUUACCAUCUGAUGGAGACGUGGAUGCCGGCGACGGAGUCGUACUGCGCGCUCAAACGUCUGCUGUUGGAUCGGCUCCUUUUUGCUCCCGGCUUCCUGAUGAUUUUCUUCUUGGUUAUGAACAUCCUGGAGGCGAAAGGGUUGAAUGACUUUUUAAAGAAGAUUAAAGGAAGUUACUGGACCGCUUUGAAGAUGAACUGGAAAGUUUGGACUCCUUUCCAGUUCAUCAACGUCAACUUUGUGCCUGUUGAGUUCCGAGUGCUAUUCGCCAACACCAUCGCCUUAUUUUGGUACGCUUACCUCGCGACGGUGAGAAAGUGAAACGUCCCAAGAUUUCAAGCCGGGAAAACAAUCUGCGGAGUGAGUCGGUAUGAUUGCGAGCGCCCGGAAAAUGUCGAGUUCUGCUGCCAUCUGUCCGGCAGUGUGCCGACGUGGAGAAAUAAUUCUCGCUUUGCACGAUGACUUUAACACUGUGAUUUACCGUCAUUUCCGGCCUACAGAGCGCACCUGAUUAUAAGACUCACCCGGUACAUUUGUAAAGGAAAUACCAUUUGGUACAUACAUAAGCCGUGCCCGUGUAAAAGCCGCAAGUGCCCACAUUGAAACAUGAGAUAAUUACAAAGAGUUUUCAAAGUUUUAAUACCUUAGCUUAGCUUAGCUUAACAUAGCAAGAACACAGUAGCAUGAACAAGGGAUGUAAAAAAAACAAAACGUACAGGUAAAAAAAAAAAAAAGCCACGGCAGCUACACAGUAGCAACACGGUAGCACAGCACUAACUAAAACCCAAAUCACUGAGACACGGCAGUAACACAGCAGCAACAUGCUAGCGCGGUGCUAAUGGAUGGUUAAAAAAAAAAAAACAUACCGGUAAAAAUCAGUCAGACACGGCAGUAACACAGCAGCAAGACGCGACCACACCGCUCACGCUAGCGUAGCGCUAACAGGGGCGCUUAAAAAUAAACAUACCGGUAAAAGUCACUUCCUCGGCACAUAUUUUCCACCAGUCUCACUCUUACCUUUUCCGCUCAGGUGCCCAUUAGAAAAAAAGAAACAAAUUGGCCACAUCACCCCAGGGUUGAAAGGGAGGCCCCAUAGCUCAGUGGUUAGAGCAUUGGUUUGGUAAACAAAGGGUUGUGAGUUCGACUCCCUGAGGGGUUGCGUCAAGAAGGGCAUGCGGUGUGUAUUAAAAAAAAAAAAUAAA